UGGAAUUACAUUGUUACAACUUAUGGAUUCUAACAGAGAAAGUCUUUCAUCCAUUUAUUCAGGCAACAUGUAAAUGUUCAAUAAUCCCAAAGUCCAGAGCCUCUUCUUUCCAACCACCUCUUUCCUGAGUAUGCUGCUGGCCGGCCAUGCCUUUCUUGGCCUGGUUCCUCCGCCGCUCAUUAGCAACAUGGCUAUUGUUACAAAGCUUGGUCCUUAUGUCCCUCUGCUUCCAAUCAGCUACGACUUUCCCCAAGGGCUGUCAUGUCUCCCAGGAGGAUGGCUACAAGACUUUACGAUGCAGCAAUGCCCAGCUUACAGAAGUACCCAAAGAAAUUCCCAAUGACACCAACCGUCUGUACCUAGACUUCAAUCAGAUCACCUACCUCCCUUCAGAUGCUUUCCGCAAUCUCCCUGUUCUUAUGGAGUUAGACCUUUCCCACAAUUCCCUGGGUCGUUUAGAUGUUACAGCUUUCAGGAGCCUAAGUGACCACUUACACUCCCUAGACCUGUCUUCCAACAAACUAGUGUCUGUCAACAAGGAGGUCUUUGCUAACCUUAAGGCAAGAACAAAUCUCUCUGGCAACCCUUGGUUGUGUGACUGUGAUCUUCAAGAACUCAUAAGGAUGGUGGAGUUGGACCCCAGUUCAUCCAGUGGAAUUGUGUGUGCUAGUUCUGUACUGGAGGAACAUGCUGGCAAGCCCUUUCUUCAAGUGGUCAAAGAUAGUGACCUGUGCAAUGCUUAUAAGAAAACCACGGACGUGGCCAUGCUUGUCACAAUGUUUGGUUGGUUUGCCAUGGUCAUUUCCUACUUGGUGUAUUAUGUACGUCAGAACCAAGAGGAUGCACGACGUCAUCUUGAGUACCUCAAAUCCCUGCCUAGCAAGCAGAAGCUAACAGAGGAACCCUCAACACUUAGCACUGUGGUUUGA